UGCCGGUAGCCUGGAUUGUUUACAUUUUCGGAAUGAUCAAAAAUGCGCUUAUAAAGAUAAAGAAUAUUGGAUAAAUGGAGUUGAACACCUACGACGACUGCUGGGAGCUGGUACAGCGCUUCCAGCGAUUGGUAAACGAUGGAGAAAACUUGGAGUUCGAGGUAUUUUGCCGCUGCUGGCGCGAAUUGCAGCUGCAGCACCUCUUUACCUGCCAGUCGAAUCACACGGAGGUGAUAGCCACCACACUGGCGGCCCUGCAUGUGGCCAAGCGGUUGGCCUGCUCCCGGCGCAGCUGCGGGGAUACUUUCAAAGCCUCCCGCCCUCAGCGGAUUGCAGGAUUCUUUUUGCUCUACGUGAUCUACCACAAGCAGCCGACACAUAAGUUCAUCAAGAUUGACGUUUCCCUUCGCACUUGGCAGGAGUUGUCCGACUAUGUACUGCUGCUGCGCAGGGAGAGCCCAGAGCGUAAGGACACACAGCAGGUGGCCCACAUGUUUUGGCGUCUCGUGCAAGACCAGGCCUUCCGCUACACAGCAUUGGACUACAGCCAGGGCUUGGAUAACCUGGUGGACUACGACAGGCUGGAGAGUAUAGUGGGGGCCAGGAAGCCGAAGCCGUCAGUGAAACAACAGCGACCCAAUAACGUGAGCCUUGCCUACGAGCUGGAAGCCGCUCGGGAACUGGACAUGACAAGUCAACCAUUCUGCGAUCUCGAGUCAGCCUACAAUGCCCAGAAGGAGCUCCUGCCCGGCCAACAGCUAGCGCUGCCUCCCACCAAGAUUUUCGGUCAGCUGCAGGAGGUCUUUGGCGAUAUUCAGAAGCUGUUGGCAGGCAACAAAAAUCAGCCUGCAGAUCAGGUUGAGACGGAUCAGAGUCCUUCCAGCUCAAGCAAAAAUCAGCUGGAGGUGCGACAGCAGGUGCGAUUAAAGGCCAUGUACGGCGAGGGGAAACCGCUUAAGUCGGAGGGACUGGAGGUUCAGUUUGAGAUAAACGAAGCAUACCAGCGGAGAAUGUCUUCGGCCACCGUGUUCCAGAGGGCACUGCCCGAGGAUGUGCAGCGCGAGUACGAACUUUAUGAAUUCAGUGACAAUGACGACGACGAGGACGAGAAUGAAAUUGUGGGCGAGGAGAGCGAAGUCACAGAGGAAGAGGUUCAGGAACUUCUCGGUUGCUAAAUAUACAGAAUCUCGUGUAUGGAA